AUGCCUGGUAUACCAGGAUGUCCUGCUUGUGGUGGGAUUGGUGGAAUUGCAGGAGUCCCGGGAAUUCCUGGGGUGCCUGGACUGCCAGGAUAUCCAGGAUGCGGUAGAAUUGGUGGAAUGCCGGGUGUUCCAGGAGUCCCAGGAGUUCCUGGUGUACCAGGAGUGUCAGGAUACCCCGGGAGUGGUGGAGUUGGCAGGGUUCCGGGAGUUUCUGAAGUACCAGGAUAUCCUGGUUGUGAUGGAUGUGAUGGAUGUCCGGGCUUGCCUGGUUUACCAGGCUUACCAGGUUUGCCAGGCCUACCUGGUUUACCUGGUAUACCAGGAGACCCCGGUAUACUAGGUGUUCCUGGACUACCAGGAUGUUCAGGGGGUGGCGGGUAUGGCGGAAUUCCUGGUGUACCAGGAGUUCCGGGGGUUCCAGGUGCCUCAGGAUGUGAAGGUUGCGAUGGAAAUGAUGGAUGGCCAGGUUUUCCAGGUCUACCUGGUUUUCCAGGUUUUCCUGGUAUACCGGAUAUUCCAGGGAUGCUUGGGUGUCCUGGUUGUCCUGGAGCGCCAGGAUGUCCUGGUAUCGGUGGUGAUAUCCUGGUUGUGAUGGUGUUCCUGGGUAUCCGGGAUAUCCAGGAUAUCCCGGUUGUCCAGGGUAUCCGGGCUGUGGUGAAAUUCCAGGUGUUCCCGGAUAACCGGGUGUGUUUGGUGUUCCGGGAUAUCCUGGUUGUGGAGGUGUUCCAGGAUGUCCAGGAUAUUCAGGUUGCGAUGGAGUUCCAGAAGUACCAGGUGUCCCAGGUGUCCCAGGAUAACCAGGGUAUCCUCCUGGGGGUGGUUUCCCAGGGUAUCCAGGAUAUUGUGGUUUUGUUGGUGUUCCGGGUGUUACCGAUGAUCCAGUUUCUGGUGGUUUUGCAGGAUGUUCAGGAUGCCCAGGUUGUCCAGGAUGUCCUGGAUAUUCUGGUUGUCCUGGAUAUGGAGGUUGCGGUGAUGUUCCAGGUAUGCUCGGUUUCCCUGGUGUUCCUGGAGUUCCUGGAUGUCCAGGUUUUCCCGGUAUUCCAGGUGUACCGGGAUAGCCAGGUUGUGGUGGCGUUCCAGGUAUCCCAGGAUGCCCAGGUUGUCCUGGUAACCCAGGUGUACCAGGAUGACCUGGUUGUGAUGGUAUUUGAGGUAUUCCGGGUGUACCAGGGUAGCCUGGUUGGGACGGUUUCCCAGGAUAUCCGGGAUGAGUUGGAGUUACAGAUGUUCCAGGAUGUGCAGGUAGCCCUGGUAUUCCAGAUGUACCAGGAUAUCCUGGUUGGGAUGUACCAGGUGUACCAGGUUUCCCAGGUUGUCCUGGAAUUCCGGGGGUACCAGGAUAUCCUGGUUGCGAUGGUGUUCCAGGUGUACCAGGAUAGCCUGGUUGUGAUGGUGUUGCAGGUGUACCAGGGUAGCCAGGUUGCGGUGGCGUUCCAGGUGUGCCAGGAUAUCCAGGGUGGCCAGGUUGUCCUGGUAUUCCAGGUGUACCAGGAUAGGCAGGUUGUGGUGGGGUUCCAUGUUCCCCAGGAUAACCAGGAUGUCCAGGCUUGCCUGGAAUUCCGGGUGUAUCAGGAUACUCUGGUUUCGAUGGUGUUCCAGGUGUGCCAGGAUAGGCUGGUUGUGAUGGUGUUGCAGGUAUUCCAGGUUCCCCAGGCUGUCCAGGCUGUCCUGGUAUUCCAGGUGUACCAGGGUAUCCAGGUUGCGGUGGUGUUCCCGGUGUGCCAGGAUAUCCAGGAUGGCCAGGUUGUCCUGGUAUUCCAGGUUUCUCAGGAUAUCCAGGUUUUCCUGGAAUUCCGGGUGUACCAGGAUAUCCUGGUUGCGAUGGUGUUCCAGGUGUUUCAGGUGUCCCAGGAUAGCCUGGUUGUGAUGGUGUUGCAGGUAUUCCAGGUUUCUCAGGCUGUCCAGGCUGCCCUGGUAUUCCAGGUGCACCAGGAUAGCCAGGUUGUGGUGGAGUUCCAGGUGUUCCAGGUGUGCCAGGAUACCCUGGUUGUGAUGGUGUUCCAGGCGUUCCAGGUGUUCCAGGUUUCCCAGGAUAUCCAGGCUGUCCUGGUUUUCCAGGUGCUCCAGGUAUUCCAGGAUAUCCAGGUUGUCCAGGUGUUCCAGGUUUUCCAGGUGUACCAGGAUAUCCAGGUUGUCCUGGUAUUCCAGAUGUGCCUGGAUAUCCUGGCUGUGAUGGUGUUCCCGGUUUCCCAGGAUAUCCAGGAUGCCCUGGUGUUCCAGGAUAUCCUGGUUGCGAUGGUAUUCCAGGAUAGCCAGAUUGCGGUGGUGUUCCAGGUGUACCUUGUUGUCCAGGAUACCCUAUAGCAAAUAAUUUCGAUAUCUAUAAUUAAUAGAAAUUUGUAUAUCUUUUCUAACAUCACAUAUAUAACGUAUAGAAACUUACUAAUUACUUUUAUACUGUUAUGUUAUGUUGUACAUGCAGGUUUAUUAGGAUAUUUCAUUACUAUGAAUGUCAUUGAUCUGAUCUUGUGGCCAAUGAUCAAACACUUUCUGCUUUUUUACCUUGCUUUUUAUUACUAA